AUGGCUAACAAAUUUAUUCUUGUUCCUCAAGAAAUUUAUCGUGGUCUUACAUCUUUUGAUACAGGAGAACCAAAUCUCGACGAUGUCCAACGAACGCUUGAUAAAACUCGAAGAGUAAAAGAACAUCCAAGUGCAAAAAAUAUUCAUUAUAAUCAAGAAUUAAGGCGUUACUUACAUUUACGUAAUGAAAGACAGAAUCGACCUGUUAAGGUAGAAAUGGUCGCUUCACCAAAAGGAGCAGUUAUGAGUACUAAUCAAGCCCAUCCUUCUACAGUAGAUAACGAUGAGGAUUUAUGGAUGAGCGAUGAUAUUUCAUUUUCUAAUUACCCUAGAGAGCCUCCCAAUAAUGCUUAUAAUGUUGUGCCUCCUCUUUCUGAAUCUUCUUACCACCCAUCUUUACCUUCUCGAUCCAGAAGUAGAAAUAUAUUAAGAGAAGAAGUGCCUCCGACACAAUCAACCCAAAGUCAACUUGUAAAAAGGAAAGAAACGGUGAAUAGAGGAGAGCAAAAAAGGUUAAAAAUAAAUAAGAAAAUUAAAAAGCCAAAAAUUAUUGUAGAAAAGAAGCAAAAGAAAAGAGUUACAGCAAACCUCUCUUUACCCUCUAACUCAAUUAUUACACAAGAUACUGACCCUGUUAUUGAAUCUCAGAAUGCUCCUUUGAGAGAUUCUACCCCUAUACCUCUUCAAACAUCAAAAAGGGAGCAGGAAGCUGAAGAUUUUGAAGUGUCUAAGAAACGAAAAGAGAAUAAUACAAAACGAGAACAAGAUAAAGAGAUAGAAAAAAAGUUAAUUGCAAGAAAGGAAAGGAAAAAGAAAAGAUGGGAAUCGAUAAAAAAGUUUCGAGAGCAAACAGUUCCUUUAGACCAAGCAGCAAUGGCUCAAUCUCGACAAGCUGAUAAAGAAGCUAAAAGGCGAAGACGACAAAGAGUUGCAAGAAGAGGACAAUCUCCCUCUCCCCCAAGACAGCGCGAACGUAUUAAAAGAAAAUAUCAAAUCCCUGAAGGCGCUACAAUGGUUCAUUACAAAAGGAUUAAGGUACCUCAUUCGAAAAGGAAAGCAGAACAAUUAUCAAAAGCUUGGUCAGAGAAAUUAAAUAUUUUAAGAGGACGAAAAGAAGGGACUAAAAAAUGGGCACUGAAAAAACCUACAAAGGAAGAUAUAAGUUUACGUAAAGUAAAAGAUCGAACAAAUUUUAAAAAAUGGGCAUCGAAAAAACCAACACAGGAGGAUAUAAAUAGAUUUAAACCCUCUUUGUGGUAA